AUGUCGCAGAAACCGAUGAGCAUCGCGGAGGCCGAGCGCAUGAACCUCGUAGCUCAGGACAAGAUCUGGAGAUACCGCCUGAAGGCUGAGAGCGAAGCACAGCAAAACUGGGCCCAGAACUGGGGAUUUUUAACAACCCCUCUCGAGGAGUUGAUCGAGUGUGAAGAGGAAACCCCCACCCCAAAGCCCAAGAUCCAGCUGCCCCGGAGGUUCCACAUCCGGGCAGUGACCCCCGUGGAGAAAUAUAUCAAGGUCCUUCCCUCGCCCCCGGUUCCGAAGACGACCCAAGGCUUCAUCGGCUGGCGGUCCGGGGUGCCGGGCCUGAACAAGUGCCUGGAGUACGGAGCGGAGAGCAAAAGCUGCUUGGGCACGUUUGCCAACGAGCUCGGCUGGCCCAAGCAGGGCAUCCACUGA